UACAGGGAGGGGGCACUAGCGUAGACAACUGUUAGCUUUGACUACCAAGCUUUGCUAAAUCACCGCUCUCUCUCCAAGGAAACAAAACAAUAUAGAAUCGGGUUGACGGCGUGCAACAAGCACAGAUCCUCUCUCGACACGACAACGCGCUUUCCCGUGGAAUGAGCAUUCCAUGCAGCAUCCUAGGUAUGAAUGACGUGGCCUGGCAGGAGACGAGAGGUGGGAUGCUGCAUGCAAAUGGUGCUCCUGAGUCUGGGGGUGUCCGAGUUCAUGGCGGAGGGCCCCUAGCCACAGUUGGCGGAGCUGGUCAGGCUCCUGGAGGGCCACACAUACAGGGCAUGGACAGGGUUCCUAACCCUACCCCAGGUACCCCACAGCCCCCGCUGAGCGGGAGGUCUCAGGAUGACGCCACAGUAGGGUACUUCUUUCAGAGGCAGCCUGGGGAGCAGCUUGUAAGUUGCACACCUAGCAAGCAUCGCUGGCCUACUGGGGAUGCCAAUCAUAUCGAUCAGACUGCUGCACUCGGGGCUUUCAGUGAUCAAAGCAGCGUAGUCCGUGCAGUGGAUGAAAUGAACUAUGAUUUUCAAGCUCUUGCUUUGGAGUCGAGGGGGAUGGGAGAGCUUUUGCCAGCAAAAAAGCUCUGGGAUUCUGAUGAGCUGGCCAAAGAUGGCAGGAAAGGAAUGCUUCUUGGAGAAGAGUGGAGAGACAAUGCAUGGGGAUCAUCUCAUCAUUCAGUGUCUCAGCCAAUCAUGGUGCAGCGACGGCCAGGCCAGGGUUUCCAUGGCAAUGGUGAUGCCAAUUCUGUGCUUUCACCUCGCUCAGAAGGCGGAGGUCUCGGCGUGAGCAUGGUGGAGUACGUCCUGAGUUCGUCCCCUGGUGACAAGAUGGAUGGCCGCUACAGGAAUGGAGGCUAUGGUGCAGGAGAUGCUGACCAAGAUGGGAGAGAGAAAAGUGAUGCGCAAGAGAAGGUGUCGCCUUUUGAAGACGACAAAAGCCCUGAGAUGAAGGUGGGAGAGGAGAGUGAUCCUACUAAAGCCAAUGGAAGAGGUCUGCUGAACGGCAUGGACAGAGACUGUAAAGACUUCAACCCAACUCCUGGAAGCCGUCAAGCUUCUCCCACUGAGGCUGUGGAGAGGAUGGGUCCCAGUCAGACAGGUUUGGAGAUGAUGGGGCAGCACCACCACCCUCAUGCUCUCCAACAGCAGAACCCCUCCCAAAACAAGGUCCAAGCUGAGGAUUUCCAGAACCAGGAGGCCCAGAACAUGGGCGGUAUGGAGCAGCAAGCUGGUGUGGAGUCCUUACAAUUUGACUAUGCUGGUAAUCAGAUUCAGGUGGACUCUUCAGGGACUCCAGUUGGAUUGUUUGACUACAACUCUCAGCAGCAGUUGUUCCAGAGGUCUAAUCCAUUGACUGUUCAACAGCUCACUGCAGCUCAGCAGCAACAAUAUGCACUGGCUGCAGCCCAGCAGCAGCAUCUUGCUGGCCUUGCUCCUGCGUUUGUGCCAAACCCUUACAUCAUUAAUGCUGCCCCACCUGGAGCUGAUCCCUACACUGCUGCUGGGUUGGCAGCAGCAGCAACGCUUGCAGGCCCCACAGUUGUUCCACCACAGUACUACGGCGUCCCUUGGGGUGUGUACCCAGCUAAUCUUUUCCAGCAGCAGCCUGCAUCUACUGCCAAUCACUCGGCCAAUCAGCAAGCAUCCAGUCAAGGGCCAGGGCCAGGGCAACCACAGGUGAUGCGCACUGGAACCAACCAGCGACCUCUUACACCUGGGCAAGGCCAGCAAAGCCAGCAGGAAUCCCUAGCUGCAGCAGCUGCUGCAAACCCUGCGUUGGCAUACACAGGAAUGCCUGGUUAUCAGGUUUUGGCCCCUGCAGCUUACUAUGACCAGACUGGAGCUUUGGUAAUGGGCCCUGGUGCCCGCACCGGUCUGGGUGGGCCUGUUCGUCUAGUCCAAACCCCACUUCUUAUCAACCAUGCAGCGGCACAAGCUGCAGCAGCAGUGUCUGCAUCUGGCUCCGGUAACAACAUGUCUGGUCCUCCAGCCAACGGACUGUACCGCUCCAUGCCUCAGCCUCAACCUCAGCCACAGCAGCAGCAGGCUCCUCCACCCAGCAGCGGCCUGCCCUCCAGCUCAUUCUACGGAUCUGGAUCAGUCCCCAACACCUCUCAGAGCAGCUCUCUUUUCUCUCACACCUCUGCUGCCCCACCACCCCCAAGCUCCUCCCUGGGCUUCAGCAGCACCGGCGGAUCUCUUGGCGUUGGCCUGGGCUCUGCUCUUGGGGGUUUCGGCUCUUCUGUAUCCAGCUCGACCAGUAGCAGUGUAUCCCGCAGGGAUUCCCUGUUGGCAAGUUCUGACCUAUACAAACGAGGUGGCAGCAGUUUAACUCCCAUUGGGCAGCCGUUUUAUAACAGCCUGGGUUACUCCUCUUCACCCAGCCCCAUUGGCCUUACACCAGGUCAUUCCCCACUCACUCCUCCGCCAUCUUUGCCCUCUUCCCAUGGAUCCUCUUCAAGCCUUCACCUAGGUGGCCUGACAAAUGGCAGUGGCCGUUACAUUUCUGCAGCUCCCGGAGCCGAGGCCAAAUACCGGAGCACAGGCAGCACGUCCAGUCUGUUCAAUUCCAGCAGCCAGUUGUUCCCUCCCUCACGGCCCCGCUACAGCCGCUCUGAUGUCAUGCCAUCUGGACGCAGCCGCCUAUUGGAAGACUUCAGGAACAACCGUUUUCCAAACCUCCAGCUCCGUGACUUGCCUGGACACAUGGUGGAGUUCUCUCAAGACCAGCACGGAUCCAGAUUUAUCCAGCAGAAGCUAGAGAGGGCCACUCCUGCUGAGAGACAGAUGGUGUUUGGAGAGAUUUUGCAAGCAGCAUACCAACUGAUGACUGAUGUAUUUGGGAAUUAUGUCAUCCAAAAGUUCUUUGAGUUUGGAAGUGCAGAACAGAAACUUGCUUUAGCGACCCGUAUCCGCGGACACGUCCUUCCCCUGGCGUUGCAGAUGUAUGGUUGCAGGGUCAUUCAGAAAGCCCUGGAGUCAAUUUCCUCAGACCAGCAGGUAAUUAGCGACAUUGUCCGUGAGCUUGACGGCCAUGUGCUGAAGUGUGUGAAAGACCAGAAUGGGAACCAUGUGGUACAGAAGUGCAUUGAAUGUGUCCAGCCUCAGGCUCUUCAGUUCAUUAUUGAUGCCUUCCAAGGACAGGUUUUUGUACUUUCCACACACCCCUAUGGCUGCAGAGUUAUCCAAAGGAUCUUGGAGCACUGCACCCAGGAGCAAACUCUGCCCAUCCUGGAAGAGCUUCAUCAGCACUCUGAACAGCUGGGCCAGAAAUAUCAAGGCGUUUCAUUGGAGAUGACACCCAAAACAUAUUAUACAGUGUCCCGUGAUGCACUGUUCAAGGAUCAGUACGGUAACUACGUCAUUCAGCAUGUUUUGGAGCAUGGCAGACCAGAAGAUAAGAGCAAGAUAGUGGCAGAGGUGCGCGGGAAGGUUCUUGUCCUGAGCCAGCAUAAAUUUGCAAGUAAUGUGGUGGAGAAGUGUGUGAUCCACUCCUCGCGUGCAGAGAGAGCUCUGCUGAUAGAUGAAGUGUGCUGCCAGAAAGACGGGCCCCACAGCGCUUUGUACACCAUGAUGAAAGACCAGUACGCCAACUACGUUGUCCAAAGAAUGAUCGACAUGGCAGAACCUGCUCAGCGUAAAAUCAUCAUGCACAAGAUCCGGCCUCACAUUGCCACUUUGCGUAAGUACACCUACGGGAAGCACAUUCUAGCUAAGCUAGAGAAGUACUACAUGAAGAGUGGAUCUGAACUGGGUCCAAUCGGCGGUCCCGCGAAUGGUCUGCUGUAGUCACGUACACAUCCCAGGUCCCCUGAACAAGUGGAGGAGUAGGAGCCCCAAACCCCCUGUUCUGUCUGAGAUGUGCUCCUUAGCCAUAGGGGUUAGCCUUUGACACCCUCUGUUAUCCCAUCAAAUGGGGGGGCAAGUUACCAAAAAAACAAGACAAGUCAACUUCACCUAAGAACGCUGUGACAACUGACCCCUGCCACUCUGCCACCCCUGGUGCAGGUCCCCAGCAUGGCCCCCAGGGGGUGCACAGUCAGCAGGCUGUUUAUUCUUUUUGUUUUUCUUUUGUUUUCCUCCUUUUUUUUUUCUUUUCUUUUUUUUCCCUGGGUAAAGCACAAGCCCAUUGUUAAUGAUGUAAUUGAUGUAUUUGACUGGUUUUCAUAUUAUCUUGUACAUUUAGUUUUUUACCUUGUAAAUUCUCUGUAGAAAAAGAAAUUAUUACACAUUUGCUGAAAUUUACAGUUCUUACAAUUAACACCAGCAAGUGACUUUAUAAAGGCUAAACUGAGUGAUCCUUUUAAAACACGAUUCCAUUUGUUUUUGUAAACAGACAGCUGUUCUUAUUAAGCUUAGGCAAUUUAUUAUAAUAUUUGUAUAUUAUCCCACACACAGUUUAAAGAAAAAAGAAAAAGGAAAAAAAAGUGUUUUCCCAUGCCAAAGCAGCUGAUGGAUUAGUUUUCAAAUAGCAUCACAUAGUAUGGAUGGACAGAAAUCCUUCCAUCCACAAGCGAGUACUAUGCGUCACGUGCCACAGUCACCCAGAGGUCUUUGAGGCCGCUUUGCCAGCUCGGGGUUUGGAGAUUGGUGCUUUACUCUAGGGUAGCGUUUGCCAGUGGUGGUUUGUUUUUUUGUUUUUUUCUUGCCUCGUUUUUUCUUUUGUUUGUUUCUUUUGUUUUUUCCCCACCCUUUGCGGGAGUGUGUGCGUGUUUGGUUACUCCAGCAGCUCGUGGCCUGCAUUAUGUUUUGGUACUGACAGACUGAGCUGCUACAUCCACCGAGCACCAUUUGAGCCGUCUUACUCUCCCCUCAUGCAGGCGAUCACUUGAUUUUUUUUUUUUAUGCAGGAGGAAGUAAAACGCUACCAUUUAACUUAAAGAAGCAGAGCAUGAGGUUUGGUUGUACAGCGGGCGUAUGACCUGGUUUAAUAUUAACAUAAAAUGACCAUAGCUUUGGGUGGGGUGGGGCUUUUUGCAGGGAUAGCAGGGUGGGAGUGGGGUACGCGUUGGCAUGCUGUAAUAGGUUUUAAUCCUUAGAAUGAUUUUUUUUUUUCUCCUUUAUGUUUUGUGUAACAUCUUAUCUGUCUUGUAGUUUGAGAUGAACACUGCCCUAGAAAACAGUAUCUUUAUGUACUGAAUAAUCAUCUCGUGUGUGUGUAGAAGUAGUUGAGCAAUGUAUAGCAUCUUUAUGUAUGAGAAAAUUGUUGCUCUUUUUUUGGUUGAGGGGCUUGCAGCAGUGAUGGGAACCCCCACCGCCUGAAGGUCAGAGCAGUCCAAAAGAUUAUUAUUAUUUUAUUUCUGGAAUUUGGUCAGUUUUGUACAUUUGAGGUGAAAUAAAUUAGACGUAGCUGAAGAAAGGGAUGCUUAAAGAACCUUUUUCUUUUUUUCUUUGGGUAUGUAAGUGGAUUGGCGGAGGCCGGUGGGGCCAUCAAAAGCUAUACAAUUCACCUGUAACGCUCGUAGUGACGGCUUCUUUGCUUCAUAUGAAUUGUAGAAUAAAUGUAGUAUAUGUGCAGUUAAUAAGUGUAAGAUUAUUAGUUUCACUAAAAAAAAGUCUAGUUGUGGUGUUUGACAGGCCUUGCUCUAAAUUUGUAGUGAUGCUUUUAUUUGUCUGUACAGUUGUACAUUUGUAAACGUUUAUGCUGUAAAUGGGAUGUCUUUUACACUUUUUCUUUUUUCUUUUUUUUUUUCUUUGGAGGGGGGAGAAAAAGGCUAAUGUGCAUUUAGAUGUGUGUAUAUUCAUCACUCCUUUCCCCUUGAAUAUAAUGUAUACAGGUUUUAUUUGAUCAAGUGUUAUUUUAAAGGAAAUGAAAACUUAAUAGCUUCACAAUCUGGCAUGGUUUUUGUUUUUAAAUCUGUUCUGGGCCAGCCUCUAUUUGUACUGAAGCUGUAACAUCCACUGUUGAUAGUCUUUCUGAUGUGUGACAGUUUAAAAAAAUAGAAAAAGGAAAAAAAGAAACACUCUGUACUAAAAUCGAGGCUGCAUUUAGUCCUCUCUGCUACCAUGGAAACUUCACAGGAUAUGACGAGAAUUAUUUUUGUACAGAAGAGUGCUGUAUUUUGAAACAGCUACUACCUUGUAAGCAAAAGCAAUGUAAAAUAUUGUCAAUUAUAUAAAUAUGAACAUAUGAGUUUUGUCACACUGUCAAAGUCAUGUACAUUUUCAGGUGGCCUUAUGUACAUUUCCAGAUGUUAGAUGAAGAAAACGAACUCCUUUUUCGAAGCAGAAUUGUGACAUUGUAUGAUUAAACUGUUCUUCUAACAUUUGACCUUAA